CCCUGGUGCUCAGCAGCCGUGGCCGGGGACGAGAGCGGUAUGGGGAGACCUGAUACAGAGGGCACCCCUACCGUCCCCGUGCAUUUUGGCCCAAGAUUGCCGCCACAUGGGGAGAAUCUUCCAACAAGCAGCGCCUUCGCCUCUGCUGAGGUCCAUAAAGCGCCUUGCCUAUCUGGGCCUAGUGCGGCCAAGGCGCGUCCGAAAACCGACUUCCAGCGAAGACGAUCCUUGGGACCUGCUCCAGCAUCGCACCUGGAGAGGCGAUGCGGCGCGCUCCGGUCGCUGCCAACACGCUGGACAUGGUAUAUUUAGCUUUGUUGCUGUCGCGUGAGACUCAAGUACAAACUCCGCUGCACGCCUUUCGCUUGUGUCAUCUCCGCCGCCGUGCCCCUUCCUACGUACGCCUCUGCCGCCCGCGCCGAGGCGAGGAGUGCUUGACGACACUGAGCCGUGGCUGGGCAUUCAGUUGUGAAGAUUGUCAUCAAACUCAACGUAAGGAUGCGUUUCAUCCGCCCUGCCCUCGGCGCUAUCCUCAGCGAUCGACAUCCCGCUCAGACAACGACUGCGAAUCGAACAAAAAGCCAAUGGGACCAGUAGAGCUGCCAGCCUCAGAAUCCAUCGGCGCCUUUUUGUCGAGGGGCAUUACUAACGCCAACGAGGCGUUCUUCGCGAUGCUGCAAGGUCAGCAGCGACCCGAACGGUUGGCCGCGCGCGUUUUCAGUGCCUGGCUGUAACGGCGCGUGUCCUCACCGUCCCGUUCGCAAACCCCCGUUUUGUCAGCUCACCAUGCCCUUCCGGCUUGGUCCCCCGGUAGUUGGGGCCUUGAGUCUUUCCUUUCUGCACGCGUUUUGGGUGCGGGCUCUCAGCUUUUGAUGUUGUGCCCUGCUGGCACGUGCUUUGUGGCGUCGCAGCCACCUUCCAUCUCGAUCCCUUG